UGCAGGAUUGGGGCGCAGGGAAGCAGGAAUGGGGUGCAGGGAAAGAUUGGGGUGCAGGGGAGCAGGAUUGGGAUUCAGAGGAGCAGAAUUGGAGUGCAGGGAAGGAUUGGGAUUCAGGGAAGCAGGACUGGGGUGCAGGGAAGCAGGACUGGGAUUCAGGAUUGGGAUUCAGGGAAGGUUUGGGAUUCAGAGGAGCAGGGCUGGGGUGCAGGGAAGGAUUUGAAUUCAGGGCUCUCCAACCCCUCCAUGCCCCAGUGCUGCUUUGCAGGACCUGAGGCUGACACCCCCCAAUUUAGGGACAAAAACGGGGUUUCAGCCUGGCUGGGGGGGGCUCACCCAAGCCCUUGGGGACACAAAGGGCAAGGCAGGCGAAGGGGCUGCCAAGGCACUGCCAGUCCCGUGUCACCCCCGGGGGACAGCCAGCGGGUCUCGCUGUCCCCAGCUGCGCCGUGCCCGUGCCGGUGGCCCCGGGGGUGACCCCGGGGUGGCAGCACCGCGGGUGGCACCGGGCUGGCCGUGUCCCCAAGCCGGCAGUGACGUGCUGUGGGACGUGCUGAGCCAGCCCUUCCCCUGCAGCGGCUCCCGCAGCUCCUGGGGCCGGGCCGGCCCUCGGGAAGGAUGUUCCCCCCGCCGGGAUGCAGGAGGGGCUUCCCCAGGGAGCCCGCCCCGUGGUGGGAUGGUCCAUGGCCCUGUGCCCCUGCCGGCCCCGAGGAGCCCUGGCACGAGCCAGCCUGGGAUGGACCACCCUGGGAUGGACCAGCCUGGGAUGGACCAGCCUGGGAUGAGCCACCCUGGGAUGAGCCAGCCUGGGAUGAGCCAGCCUGGGAUGAUCACCAGCCCCGGAGACGGCGGCGCAGGAGGCACCCGCCCAGACCCUUCCCUGGCCCUGGGGACGUCCCGUGGAAGGAGGAGGAGGAGGAGGACAGGAGGUGGGCACCCCACGGGUGUCCCCAGCCACCCCCCUGGGGUGACAGAGGAGCCCUCCCAGGCCCUGAGGGUGACUUUGGAGAGUGCUGGUACCAGGAUCCAGUGCCGGAGCCCUGGCCCGAGUACCCCGAGGAGGAGCAGCCCCCGCCCCGGCCCCCCGCCCGCCCCGCAGGGAAUCCGGGGACGUUCCGCGAGCAUCACCCGCCCUGGAGCCACCGCCCGGCCCCGAGGCCGCGGGGCCACCCCCGCCAGCUGAUCCCGGUGCCCCGGGCGCGGUGUCCCCGAGCCCCCCGAGGGCACAAGCCGCACUCGCAGCCCUCCAAGAGGAGCCAGCCCCUGGCCAGGAAGGAGCCCCCGGAGCCCCCCCAGCCCCCUGCUGCUCCCCAGGGUGCUGCAGAGAGGCUGCAACAGCCACGGGAUGUGCCAGUGGGGGCUGGGGGUGUCCUGGAGCCCCCCAGUCCGGCCAGGAGCCCUCUGGAGAGCCCAGCUGCUGAUCCUGGUGCUGCAGAGCUGCUGGUGGAGCUGGAAGCUGGGCACCCCGCCGUGGGCAGCCGGGCUCAGGAUCCCUGUGCUCCAGGAGCAGAGCCGGCCCCUCCAGAGGAGACCCCCAGGAAUCCUGAGAUCCAGGAGCGCCUUGAGGUGGAGCCGUGCAGCCCCGGUGUCCCCCAGGCUGGCAGCACUCAGGGCUCGCAUCCCCAGAGCCCAGCAGCCCCUCCAGACCCUGCCAAGGGGGAGCUCCUGGACUCCAGCUCCUCUGGAGAGGCAGGGGCUGAGCUCAGCCCGCAUUCCUGGCAGCAGCUGCCCCGAGGAGCUGGGGAAACUGAGGCAGAAGCUGCUCAGGAUGGGCCUCUGCAGAGCCUUCAGCCUCCCGAAAACCCUCAGCUCCCUCCAGGACCUGCAGCAGAGCCCGAGGCCCAGCCCAGCCAGGCUUCACCAGAGACCUCCCCGGGGCCCCAGCACCCGCCUGGGGCCGGUGAGACAAACCUGGCUGUGUGUGGCCAGCAGCAGCUCUGCCCUGUGCUGCCCACGCCCUUCCCGGCCGGCAUCGAUCCCCGCUCCGCCGCCGUCCUCAAGAGGAAGGCAAAGAUCGAGCUGUCGUACCAGCAGUUCAGCCUGAGCAUCGCCGUGGUGGCCACCAUGCUGCUGCAGAAGGAGCCCUCGCUGGAGGCGGCGCUGGGGCUGGCGCUCAGGGCCAACCUGCGCCAGGGCCGCCUGCACCACCUGCAGCAGCUGCAGGACUUCAUCGACAGCCUGGACGCGGGCAGCCCCGGCCUCUGAUGGCAGCCAGCCCCUCCUGCCAGCGGGCCGGGGGUGCUGGGGGCUGUGACAGCGCCGUGACAGUGCUGUGGGGUGCUCAGGAGGGUGCUGAGCCUGCGGGACAGGGUGGGAGAUGCUGGUGUCUCUGGGAGAAGGAGGGUGAGCAGGGGAUGUUUGGUUUUAGCCCUGCCCAAACCCCUGAGGGCAGCAAAAGUGUUACUGGUUUUACUGGAGGGAGGGCAGCAGUCCCUCUCCUCCAUUCCUGAUGGCCAGGGAUGUGUCCCCAAACCCCAGGGAGUGUUUUUGGGUUUAAAUCUACAAAUAAACCGUGUCCUCUUUGCAGCCCUUGCUCUGUUCCCACCCUCCUGGGG